GGUCAACCAUGUUUAUGUUCCGAGUCUCGCGCCGUGCAUCGCAAAAAUUUUCUUUCUCGGAUAAAAUUUAUGCAUUUUUGGUGGAUUUAGGCAGCGAUUUUCAAAAGCUGAGUGUAACAGAGAGUACGUGAAUCGUGGAAUCAAGAUCGUUUAAAAAAUCUUUCGUCCAUUAGUUGUUUUCGCCGGGAAUCGUUCGAUUGUGUCUCUUUAGUGGCGUACGUGAUUUUUGUGUAUUUUCACCCGGUGGAGGAGCGCUAGUUGCGGCGGCUGCUGCUGCUGGGGCCAUAAAGUGGACUCUCGAGAGCAAAACAAGCAAAACAAGUGGAGGACGGCGAUUAAAAGAUACACAGAAAAUACCAGCAGAAGGAGUCGUUGUCUGACCGGAUGACGAGUACCUGAGUGGCGCGGAAGGAUAAAGGAAGUUGUUAUUGAUUUAGCGGUGUAGGUUUUGGAGAUUGCUGGCCGCCGGACGCCGACCAAAACGAGCGCGCGCACAAACACACACAGAGAGAAGUUAUGGCAGUAGUGCCAUUGUGAAAGGAGUUGUUUCCACCCACCAGCGUGUCACCGAGUUGCUUUCUCGCAAUAGUAUUAUUUAUUCAUAUAUAUAGUAAGAACCACCAACCACCAUGCCCAUCGAGGAAGCGCAACAGCAACAAUCUCAAACCACCGACCAACAGACCACGACGACCCCAACUCCCGCGACCACCACCCCCGCAAAAACGCAAAACCUACAAAAUGAAGUCGGCGACGAAGACGACGACGACGAGGACGAAGAAGAGGAGGACGACGACAACGAGACGACGACGGACCGGACGGCUGAACCGACGGUAGCGACCUCGUCCGGCGCUGGCGCUGGCACCGGAAGCUACUACGAGGAGGACGAAGAAGACGAGGAACACCCGGCCGCUGCUGGCGGGGGUGCGACAACUCUGCGACAGCUGUUUGCCCCGAACGUCGGCGAAGGUCAGCAACCCCAGCAGCAGCAGCAGCAGCAGCAGAGCGAGGACGAAGAGGACGGCGACUACAUUCCCGACGAGGAGGUCAAAAAGACAAUCAUGGUGGGCAGCGACUUCCAGGCGCAGAUCCCCGAGGGCCUGUGCCGGUACGACGACGCGCUGCCGUACGAGAACGAGGACAAGCUGCUGUGGAACCCGACCGUGCUGGGCGAGGACAACAUCGAGGAGUAUCUGGUGAAGAUUGCGGCCGGGGCGGCGGCCAACACGGGCACGCCGCAGACGACCAGCGUGUACUCGAUUCCGCUGGGGCGGCACCUAAGGGAUGAUGAGCAGGGGUUGUAUCUGUUGCAGCAGUGCGGGCACAAUAUUGAUGAGGCGUUGCGGCGGAAGCGGAUUAACGCGGUGCCGGUGGCGGAGCAGCAGAUGAGCAUCUGGUCCGAGGAGGAGUGUCGGAACUUUGAGAACGGGCUGCGGAUACACGGGAAGGACUUUCACAUGAUACAGCAGUCGAAGGUCCGCACGCGCUCGGUCGGCGAGCUCGUGCAGUUCUACUACCUGUGGAAGAAGACGGAACGGCACGACCUGUUCGCGAGCAAGGCCCGGCUCGAGAAGAAAAAGUACAACCUCCAUCCGGGACUGACGGACCACAUGGACCGGUUCCUGGAGGAGCAGGAAAACAGCACCGGCUUCGGCGACCGCAGCUCGUCGCCGGGCUUCAACAGUCUGUACGCGGGGGGUGGCGGCUCCGAGGCGAAACGGGCCCGCCUGAUGGACUCGAAAGAGCACUCGACGGGAUCUUCAAAGCGCUCAUCUUCGGCACUGUGACUAGCCCAGCCCGUGAUUCGCCCUGGCCUGGCCAGGGUUGGUCGCAGCAGCAGUAGCCGUCGAGGUCUCGGGGACGCGACUGGAUCUGAGCUUCCGCAAGCGCACCGAUAGAUGCAGGGAGGAAGAGGUGCCCCCACUUCUGGUUGCCCAGUUUGUUGUUGAACACACUACUCUCACACAUACACACAGACACCUUCAGUUGCUUUUUGUGCCUCGUACUCGCAAGUGAACACACGCAGGACAUUGUUGUUUUCUUUAGACUGUUUUUUUUUUCACGGCGGAAAAAGAAGCUAAAAAGUGCAGUGACGAGACACCGAUUUAGCUGUAUUAAGUUGUGAGCGCUUUUUAUUUCGCAGCAGCAGGAAAGAAAGGAACAAACUAAACAAUUUGUUGAUUAGAACACGAAGCAAAUCGUGUACCAUUUCAGGGUAAGCGGCAGCAGAAUGAAAAGUGAAGAAGAAAAGUGAGAAAUUCAAACUAACUUUGGUCUCAAAAAUUUCAAACUCUCAGUGAAGCGGAAAUUGCACAAAAAUUAAAAUUGUAAAACUGAUUGUGGAUGUAAAAAAUAUAAAACUGAAAACAAAUGCAUUUAAACCAUUGUCAAAAUUAUCUGCGGAUGUAACAAACACACUAAGCCUCUGUGAAUCACAAAAUAUAUAGGAAAUCAUACAAUUGAAAAUUAA